AUGAGAUUAUUUGAAAGGGUAGUUUAUAAACAGGAGAUUGCGUCUGCAUUCGAAUCCGUGAUCGGACGAGAUCAAUUUGCUUAUAAAGAGGGAACAAAUACUACCGUUGCUCUGACUAUGUGUUUGCAUCAUUGGCUCAAGUGGCUGGAUGAAGGUGCAGACUCUGUUAGGGUAAUAUCAUUUGACUAUAAGAAAGCGUUUGACUCGGUAUCUCAUAACAUUAUUUGUGAAAAAUUGAAAACACUCGAAAUUAACCCGUAUACUAUAAACUGGAUUAUUAGUUUUCUGGCCAACAGAAAACAAAGAGUUGUUGUUGAUGGCAUAGAAACUGUUUAUGUUGAUAUUAACAAAGGCGUACCCCAAGGUACGGUUUUGGGUCCCUUUCUAUUUUCGUUGAUGGUUAAUGAUAUAAAACCCAUGGAUGCGCAAAACAACCUAUUGGUUAAAUUUGCUGAUGAUAUAACGACAAGUGCUCCAGUAAAAUCAGGAUCGGAUUCUGCUGAGGCUGAG